AUGGCAGGACAACUGACUCAGCUCAUCCAGGCGGCCGCUCGCCCGUUGCCGGAUUUCUCUGACCCGCUGUUCGGGUCCAUGUUUGACAGUUUCCGCAACUACAAGGUGGUUCUUCUGGGGGAUGGCAGCCACGGCACGUCCGAAUUCUAUCGAGCCCGCGCGGAGAUCACGAAGCACCUGGUCAACAACCAUGGCUUUAACAUAGUCGCCCUGGAGGCCGACUGGCCCGACGCGGAGGCCAUCGAUCGCUAUGUCCGGCUGCGUCCUGGUCCCAAGGGCCGAAUCGGGGGUGCUGCCUACAAGGUGGAGCCCUUCAAGCGGUUUCCCACGUGGAUGUGGAGGAAUCGCGAGAUGCAGGAGCUGGUCGAAUGGAUGCGGGACCGCAACGCCAAGGUGCCCUUCGAGGAGAGGGCGGGCUUCUACGGCCUCGACCUCUACAGCAUGGGCACUUCCAUCCGCGCGGUCAUCGACUAUCUCGACCGCAUCGAUCCCGAUGCGGCCAAGGAAGCCCGCCGGAGGUAUGGCUGUCUCCAACCUUGGGUGGACGACCCUUCGUCCUACGGUCUGGCCGCCCUCCGCGGUUUCGAGAAUUGCGAGACUCAAGUCCUGUCGAUGCUCCGAGAGCUGCUCGAACACCGCCUGGAUUAUUCGUCCUCGGAGCAUGACGGGGAAGAGUUCCACAGCAGCGAGCAGAAUGCCUAUGUGGUCCGAGACGCAGAGAAGUACUACAAGGCCAUGUAUUACAGCUCUGCCAGCUCGUGGACCCUGCGGGACACGCACAUGUUCGAGACGUUAAGGCGUCUCUUCCACAGCAAGCCCGCCAACAGCAAGGCUAUUAUCUGGGCACAUAACUCGCACUGCGGCGACGCACGAUACACUAGUAUGGGGAUGCGUCGGAACGAGGUCAACAUCGGACAACUCUGCCGCGAGAAUUUCGGCCGCGAUGCCGUUGGCAUCAUCUGCUGCGGCACUCACACGGGCACAGUGGCAGCAGCUCACGAAUGGGACGACGACAUGGAGGUGAUGAACGUGAACCCGUCCCGGACAGACAGCUGGGAGUACGUCUGUCACAGCACCGGAAUCCCCAGCUUCGUCCUCGACCUCCGACCAGGCUAUGCCGAUCCGGAUCUGCGCAAGGCCUUCGCGGAGGAGCCCGCGCGGCUGGAGCGAUUCAUCGGCGUCAUCUACCGGCCGGACACGGAGCGAGUCUCACACUAUUCGCAGGCCUAUAUGCACAACCAGAUGGACGCGUAUGUCUGGUUUGAUCGGACUUCGGCGGUCGGAGAGUUGGAGAGGGUCCAGCCGGUGACGCCGCUUGGAAAGGAGGAAACCUAUCCAUUUGGUCUGUAG